AUGAUGAAUAUUGUCGAUACAUUUAUGAAAAGACAUACAGUAUGCGAUUUCACUGGUCCAUUGCCAGAGGAUAAGCAGAAGGUGCUUGAGCAAAUCAUAGAAAAUGUUAAUAAAAUCACACCUCCCCAUAAAACCAACGUAAAAUUAGCUUUAACCGAACCAGGCAUUGGUACCAAUGAUGCUAUGUUAAAUGAAGCUGGAUGGAUUGUUCAACUUAUUCCAGAAAGCGCCGAUAAUACUCCAGAUCUUGAGAAAUAUCAAAUUGAUGGCACAUUCUUAGCAUCAUUAGCCGUAAUGGAACUAUUCCGUCAUGACAUUGGCACAUGCUGGGUUGCAGGAACAUAUAAUCGUCAACUUACAGAAAGUAGAUUCCCAGGCUAUAAAAUUUACUGCGUAGUUUCUUAUGGACUUGCUGCUCCUGUGACUAGAAAAGGACAUCACGACAAGCCAAGAACAAGAUUUGAAAUGAGUCAAUUAUUCUACGAUUUAAAGAAGAAGUCCCCAAUUACUGAUGAAACUGGAACCAGAAAGACCUUGUUAGAAUGUCUUCGUUGGCUUCCAUCAGGAAUGAACAGCCAAUCGUGGCGUUUAGCAGUAGAUUUUGAAAACGGAAUAUUCAAAGUUUACAAUAACUCUGGAACUUACCCCAGAGCUUUUCUUAAUGUUGGAAUUAUGCUCUCUGGCUUCUAUUUCUCCUUUGAUGGAAAAUGCACUUUUACUGUUUCUCCAAAUGAAGAAGAAUACCCAACUGGCGGAAAGUAUUACUGCAUUGUCAAUGUUGAUCCUUCUCUUAUCCAGUAA